UAUGUUGGAAAGAGGACCAUGCUUUUAUCCAGUAUCUUAAUGACUUUCCAGAUGUUUUCCAAGAGUUUGAAGAUGAUUUAAAGAAAGUAGGCUGUGUUUUCCAAACUUGUUACUCUUUGGGAGUGCUUCAGUUUGUAGCAGAAGGAGAACAUUUAGAUCCAUCUAACUGGGAGAAAGCUGUGGAGGAUGCUUUUCAGAAAAACAAGAAGAGAUAUGCUGUUCACUAUGAGUCCAAUACAGAUAUUCUAAAUAUUCUGAAGAAGCAACAAUCUCUAGUGAACUCUUUUAAAAGCAUACAAGAAUACAAAGGUCCUUGCUUUGUAGGUCUAACUGAAGAAGUGAAGAUGUUUGUACAACAUGUUCAAGAAAUGGCUUUCAGUGAAAAGCCAGUGUGUGUGGAACAUCCCAUUCUCCAUCUUCCUAGAUUUACAAUAGUCAAAAACAUAAUCAGCAAGUUCCUCUUUCCUCACUCUCCAGUGACUAUAGCCUUGGCAGAAGAUCCUUUAGGUAUGAUCACUUUUCAGGGGCCCCAAAAGGAUGUGCUUGAGGUAGAAAGGCAGUUUUAUAGUCUCUUGAGUGCUUUUAAGAAUUGGCCAGUCUCACUCUCCACAUUCCAAAUACAUUUUAUCCAGGACCUCCAGGAAGAACUCUUUAAUGAGAAUUUUUUCCUUUCUCAAGAUAUUUCGGCAGUGCUUAACACUUCUGAUGGAAUUAGUAUUUGGGGGCUUGACUUUGGAGAAUUGGUACAAGCAGAAGAAUUAUUGAAGAGCUUGGUUUAUGAGAGGAAGAUUGAUAUUGGGGAAGAGGUCCAGUGGGCAACCAGUGGCCUGGAAUGGGAAACUCUACUCAUAGCACUAAGAAAUCCAAAGAGAGUUAAUUUUUAUAGUGUCAAAUCACAGCUAGGUAUUUUGACUUCGGUGGUCAUAGUGGGCACCAGGAUUGAAGUAGCUGAGGCAGAAAUGAAUAUUAGGGAAUAUUUGAUGAGUUAUUCAAUAACUGAAGAUAGAAUUAUUUCUCCUCGACUGGAGCUAGCUGAAGCCAGAGAAAACCUGUUUCGGAUAAUGAACUGGGGGGACUUAAAGGUGAAUAUUUGCAUUCAAAUCAACCAUUCUACUUUAACUUUGAAACUAAAAGGACUAAGGAAGCAUGUAAAAGAGGCCAGAGGAAUUGUUCAAGCAGAUCUAGAUUCAUUGACUAUGAGAAGCAUCCCCAUAAGACACAGAGGAGUACAGCAAUACCUUUUGGGAAUUGGAGCUACAGUUCUUUUCACAUUUGCUGAAGAACUCCAAUGUUUGGUGAAGAUGCAAAUGACAGAGAAAACUACAAAUACUUUGCUCUCUGAGGUCUCAGCCUAUAGGAAGGAGAAUGAAUUGACAUCUAUCCAAGAACUCCUGAAGUAUCUCAGAAGAUACAAAAAAGAACACUUUGCUCUUGGUGACUCUCUGCUAGGACUGGUUCAAGUAUUGGGUAAGGAGAUGAAUUUAGCCAAAUUUCAGGAAGCUUUUGAAGACUUUAUGAAUGGAUAUUGCAGUGAAAUAUUCAACAGUGAUAAAAUAGUCACUUUCAGCCAAGACUGUCUUCAAAAGGUCUUAAACCAAGGGUACUAUUUCCCACUCAAUCUGCAUCAUCAUGGGAAUCUCUUACAGAUCCAGGGUUUUCAGGAAGAUGUAAAGAAAGCUGCUACUGUUGUACAAACUUUAAUCCAGGAAGCUCAUGACAUAGAUAGAGCAGCAGAAGCCCUGAAAUCUGUGGUUCAAUGGCAAUAUGACAUUGGUAACACAGGUCUUUCCCCAUUUGAUAAAACUACAAAUCUAAAACUGGAAGCAGCAUAUAGGAAGGAAGAAGAGAACAUUGAAAUCAUCUUGAAUUCUAGAAAAGCCAAGGUCAACUUGAAGAAGAGGGAAGGUUUGGUAUUAGACAUGGGGACAGUCUUUAAAAUAAAGCGGGAAAUCUGCAUAUGGGAGAUGAGCAUCCCUCAACAUUGGGAACCAAUGGAUGAUAACCCAGUGAAGACUGUGAAACUCUCAUCAAAUCUGGUGGAGUACCAGAGAGUAGCCCAGAAGUUCAAGUAUUCCAUGAACAAGACUACCAUCCUUAAGAUAGAAAGAAUACAAAACCCAUACCUCUGGACCUCUUACAUUUACAAGCGGAACUGGAUGGAAAAAAAGAAUCCCCCAGGAGUACAGAAUGAGCAGUUUCUCUUCCAUGGAACAAAAGCAAAAAACUGCUCAUCCAUUAUUGAAAAUGGGCUAAAAAGUACCUGUAGGAAAAAUGGAAGAUAUGGCCAAGGGAUCUACUUUGCAGUGGAUGCUUAUAUGUCCUCCCAAUUUUGUGGAAAAGGCUGUCAGGGAUCCAAGUUUUUGUUCCAAGUUCGUGUCCUUACUGGAGAGUACAUUAAAGGUGAUUCAGAACUAAUAUUACCUCCAAGAAAACCAGGAGGAGGGAGAUAUGAUAGCUUGGUUGAUUCAGUGGGUAUGCCACGAAUAUUUGUAACCUUUUUUGAUGACCAUUCAUACCCAGAAUAUUUAAUCACAUUCUGCUGAUCCAGUAUGGUUUUAUCUAGGCCUUUAAGUUAUAUAGAGAAUCUCUAAAAUGGCUUUUUCAAUAUAGCCAUGGCUUCAAGAAAAUAUAAAGUAAAAUAGGAAAACACAAGUUCUAGUGUCCAAGAUUACACAUUUGGCAAUUUUCAUUUGUUUUAUCUGUUGUAUUACCGGUCCAAACUAUGUUACAUUGUAGUAUAACAUAAAUUAGACUUAAUCACAAGCCAAAGUAUCACCACAAAUUAGACUGAAUCUAAAGGAUAUUAGGCUGUUAAAUGGUAUUUUCUUAGACCUCAUCCUUACAGACUUCUUAGCAGUUUUUGAUAUUGUUCAAAUGUCUCCUCUCCUUUUUGUCCCACAUAGUUUCUCUUGUCCUAGCUUCCAUAUUUAUCUUUGAUUCUUCUCUUGUCAGAUCACAUCUUCUUACUCUCCUUUGGUAGCUCAUCAUCUGUUUUCUCCCUCAAUGUAGAUGUCCUUCAAAGCUCCUGGAACCUCUUCUCUUUUUGUCCCCUUUCAGUAAACUCAUGAGUUACAAAAGGUCAAAUUCUUAGCUCUGUAUAGAGAAAUUCCAAAUCUACAUAACCAACUCAUUAUUCUUUGGAACUCUAGUUCCAUAUCAUAUUACUUUCUGGGAUGCAUCUCAAAUUCUACAUAUGCAGAAGAAAAUUCACUUUCUUCCUCAUUAGCUUUCUGCAAAUUUCACAUUUUUUAUAUCCACAUUCUUCCAGUCACUCUGCUUUAAAACCUAGGAGUCAUAUUUGAUUCUUCCUGCUCAAAAAUUACCAAUAAUUUCUUAAUUGUCAAAACUAAUGAUCAUUUUUCAGUCUUGAGAUCUUUUUUAUCUUUUUCAAGCUCUUUAGUUUUUGACACUAUUGAUCACCCUUUUCUCCUGGAUAUCCUCUCUUUGUAAGGUUUGCAUGAUGCUAUAUUUUCCUGGUUCUUUUGCAACAUGACAGAUCCUUCUCAGUCUUUUUUACUGAACCUUCAUUGAGUUCACAUACAUUGAUAGUCUGCCCCAGCCCUCUUCUAUUUUUCCUUACCAACUGCCUUCUGGGUAUGUCAAAAUAGAUGUUCUAUAAACAUCUUAGACUCAUCAUUUUUCCCCCAGAUCUUCUCUCUACCAUCUUUCCUAGUUCUAUUGAGGGUAACAGUCUCUUCUCAGUUCUAUCCAGACUUUGAUGUCAUCCUUCACCCUCACACACUCGUCAUGAAGUGGUUUAGGAGACUGAGUACAGUUUUGAACUGUUAGAGAUGUGUGCAACAUGAAGAAAUCCUAGGUCUCAAAGAUUUGCCAUUUAUUACAUGAAAUAGCUCAUGGGCUCAACCACAUAUGACUAAACAAGGCAGAAUUAUAGAUGAGUAAGCAGUAUUCUUAUGGGAUUCAGGAACUUUUAAAGUCUCAGCAAGGGCAAAGUUUGAGGAGUAGCAUGGAGGAGGAGGGUGGGAGGAUUUGGGGAGAGACCAGGGAGAGAGUCUAAGUGAGUGACCAGGCCCCAGACUUGCCUAUAGAUAUGCUAAUCAAGACAAUCUCCAAGGAUGGACUGAAUGGAUUAGAGACUAGGAGGGUCAGAAGAGCUGAUUAAGAGUCAUAUCAAUUCCAUGCAUCUAAUCUGUUGUCAUAGCCUUGUUAUUUCUACCUUCAAAUCUCUACUGUGUCUGUUGCUUUCCUAGAGCAGACUCUUGGCACCUCACGUUUGCCCAAUUGUACGGGUCUUUUAAUUGUGCUCCUUGCCUUAAUUUUUUUAUCAUUCCAAUGCAUUUUCCACUAAUUUGCCAAAAUGGUUUCCCUAAAGCACAUCCUUCUAUUUAAUAAACUCCAAUUGCUCCCUAUUCCCUCAAGGAUCAAAGUCCUUCACAACCUGGCUCAGACUUCCCUACAUGAACUCUAGGAUCAGUGACAAUGACUUUCUUGCCAUACCUUGCAUAGGAUACUCCUCCUGAUUCUGUAUCUAAAAUGCUCUGUACUUAUUUCUAUGCUCAAGAUUCAAUUCAAAUCUCAUUUUUUUCAGGGAGGCUUUUAGUCAUCAUUACUACCUCCUUCCUCCUUUCUUUCUUCCUUCUUCAAAUCCUAAACAUACACUAGGAUAUUCCUUCUGGAUUAGCCUUUUAUUUAGACUGAUUAUAACUUCUAAAUACAAUUUAAAAAAUAAUCGGCCCUCAUUAGAAUGUAAUUUCCUUGUAAACAAAGGCUAUAAUUUUUCUUUUCUUUGUAUCCUCGUCAUUUAACACAGUGCCUGGCAUAUAGUAAGCAUCUUAUGGAAGCCCAAUUUUUCUUAUGUUAGCACUUCUAGCUUUUUCCUUCAAAUCUGUUGUUUUAUUCUGCAUAUCCAUUAGUUGCUUUUUCAUUGUUAUUAUACCUUGGGCCUUUUCUUGAAAUUAAUAUCUAUUAUCUAUUGAUUGUUUUUCAACUUCAUGUAUUCUGUUAUUUGUGACCCUGGGGAAAGUCACUUAACUUACCUGCCUUGCUUUCCUCAUCUAUAAAAUGGGCAUAAUAACCUACCUUACAGGAUUGUUGUGAUGAUGUAUAAUUAUAGAACAUAAAUGCUACUUAUUAUUAUUGUCAAUGCCAUUGUUGUUUUGAAAUUUAUUUAAUGUCACUCUGUAAUUUUGGAAUGUCACAACUGAUUUCCCUAAUUGUUACUCCUUUCUUUUUCUUUUCUUUUUUUUUUUUUUUUUAACAAACUAAACAAACUAAAUUCACUCUUUAUGUCCUUUAAUAUAUUUAAUAUCCAAUUUAAUUUAUCAUUUGGUAUUUCUUACAUUAAAUCAUUUGAUAUUUCAACUUCCAUUUCUUUUUAAAUUUAAUUUUCUAUUAACAAAAAUAUAUUUUAUUUUUCCCCAUCUCCUUCUAUCAUUGAAAAAAAAGCGAAACCAAAAUUUUUUGUAAUAUAUUUGUAUUCAUACAUACACUCAAGUAAAACAAAUUCUUAAAUUUACCAUGUUGAAAAAUAUGUGUCUUAUUCUGUAUUUUGAGUCCAUCAUCUCUGUUAGAAGAGUAGCAACUGCAUUAAUUUUUUUAAUUGUAUUGUUGCCUUUUGUUUUUAUGCCCCUCAUUUCCCCUUAAAUCUAACCCCUUGUAACUUUUUUUUAUAAUAGACUAUCAAAGUCAAACUACCUCUGAUCAAUCUUGUUGAAUAUAGGCAUACCUCUUUUUAUUGUAUUUUGCUGAUAUUGCAUUUUUUACAGAUUGAAAGUCUGUAGCAACCCUGCAUCCAGCAAUCUAUCAGCAUCAUUUUUCUAAUAGUAUGUGCUUACAUCAUGUCUCUAUGUCAUAUUUUGGUAAUUCUCACAAUUAUUUCAAACAUUUUCAUUAUUAUUACAUCUGUCAUGGUAAUCUGUGAUCUUUGAUGUUAUUAUUGUAUUGUUUUGAUGUGCCAUGAACUGUGGCCAUAUAAAGCAGUUGACUUAAUAACUGUUGUGUGUGUUCUAAUUGCUUCAUCUUCUUGAACUUCCUUCCUGAGAUAUAAUAAUACUGAAAUUUGAACAAUUAAUAAUCUUAUAUCCUCUAAAUGUUUAAGUGAAAGAAUCACUCCAUAAAACAAACUUCAUUGGUGUCUUAUUUUAAGAAAUCCAAGCCACCCCAACCUUCAGCAAUCAUCACCAUCAAACCCUCUACCAACAAAAUUCACUGAAGGCUAGAUGAUAGCAUUUUUUUAGUGAAAUGAGAAGAACCAAGAGAAUAUUACACACAAUAACAACAAUACUAUUCAAAGAAUAAUUGUGAAUAAUAUUGCUCUUACUGUGAACAAUUCCUCAACUGCAACUCUUCAGUUUCUAGUUUUUUGCCACCACAAAGAGAGCUGCUUUGACUGUUUUAGAACAUACAGGUUCUUUUCCUUUUUUCCUUUAUCACUUUGAGAAACAGUUAAUAGUGAAAUUUAGUCAAAGGCUUUGCUCAGUGUUAUAAUUCUUUGGCCAUAAUUCCCAGAUUACUCUUCAAAAUGGUUGGAUCCAUUCACAGGUCUGUCAACAGUGUAUUUGUUUUACAGUUUUUCCUCCUCUCUCCAAUAUUUGUCAUUUUCCCCUCCUUAUCAUUUUAGUGAACUUGGUAGAUGUAAGAUAUCUCAAAGUGGUUUUAAUUUGCAAUUUUCUAAUCAAUAAAGAUUUAGAGUAUUUUUACAUGA